AUGGUCUCAGGAUUGAUUCAGCCCUUGGGGUUGGAUCGAAAACCCAACAGAUUCGGAGGUGCCGGGCACGUUCGAGCUCUUACUGGCCACGACCCUAUUCCUUACUCUCAGGGAGUCAGCCUCUGGGAUACCCGAGCAUUUUCAUGGUCUCUGGGGCGUCCGACUUUGCCUGCACCCACAGGAACCUCUGGGUACUUUCGAGGUCUUGAGAGACAUCGACCCUCCCUCUCAGAGGUCUGUAGACGUGCCUAA